AUGGCGCGCCUACAGCGUGUGGCUGGAGAAGAGGAGCUUUUCCUCGUCCUGGCGGUAGUGGCAAUGCGGCAACUCCAUUGCGUUCCCAACUCCAACCACGCUCCCAACUCGAACCACGCCGCCGGCCAUAGUUUGCAAGUGCAGAUUUCGCAAUUGGCGGCCCUCGUGGAGGAGUCGGUGAAGAAGAAGGAGCCUGACAGCGUCGUGGCUGAUGCAGCCAGUAGGGGCGGCUGGGUUGCUGCCUCCGAAGGCCAACAAGAGCCCCUGCAGCCGCACGGCGGAGACGGGGGAUUUCUCCAGCAGCAAGCGAGAGAUGGUGGGCAAGGACCACGUCAGCUACUGGAAGGCGGCUGGGCCAGCAGAUCAGGAGCGAAUCCUGCGAGACCAGCCGGAGUGGGCCCGGGUAUAGGACCGGACUACGGGGAAGCGAGGGGGUUAAACCCCUCAGGUGAGAUACCCGUGAUUCGAGGAAAUGGAGAAUUCCUCGACGGCUACAGCAGUAGCCACAUGAAGAGAGUAACAGUCAAUGCCCCGCGUCUCGAAGGGGAGAGUCGCGGCCAUGGGUAUGACUCGUGGAGAAAGUCGCUUAUCCAAGCGGCCAAGACUGUAGGACUGGACGGCCAAUUGAUCGGCAACAACGAGAGACAUGCACCUGUCGGCAACCCAAACGUGCCAAGCUCGGAGCUGUACCGCCUCCAAUACACCAGCGACGAGGUCCAGAGGGGCCUCCAAGCGUUCCAUUUUGUGACCACUGCCAUCGUCAGAGAAGCCGACAAGGGGAUCAUGAACAAAUGCGAGACCGCAAAAGAGAUCCUCGCGGAACUCGACAAAAACCACGAUCCGGAAUCGCAGGGCUCCAAACAAGCCCUCAUGAAGCAAAUGUUCAACUUCACGAUCCCAACACACAGCAGCAGAAACCCCAUCGAGCACCUGUACUCGCUCGAGCUGCUGUUAUCGCGCCUACGCGAAAAAGGGCUCAUCGCUGACGCACCCUUUGUACUCGCCCACUUCGUUGGUUCCCUCCCACCCGAGUACCAACAAGCGAAGUUCCUGUUGGAGACAGCAACGGCGCUGGAUAGGGCCGAGAUCGUCAGGAUCGUGAGCACGGUGCACGCGAGCCUGCCCGAGGGGACGAAGGCCUCGAAGGGCCAGCGGAGGGCGGAGCAUGCUCUCCUCGCGAGCGACGGUAGCGGUGGGGGAAAAGCGCCGGGCCUCGGCAACGGCGGCCGCCGCAAGGGUGGCGGUGGCGGCGGCGGCGGCGACGACAACCAGAAGGGGAGAGGGGAUGGCGCGAAGGCUGGUGGCGGCGGCGGAGGCCGCGGCGACGAUGCGGGUAGCGUGCGCGGUCGCUGUUUCCGGUACGGCAAGAAGGACCACCAGGUGGCCGACUGCACCGAGAGCAAGCCCGUGCGAUGUGAGACAUGCAAGGGCUACUACUACAGGCACGACAAGAGCAAGUGCCCGACCGAAGAGGCGGUGCUCGUGGUGGAAUUGCCGGCAGGGACGGGGGGAGCGUCUGCGGACGCCACAGCACUGGACGUGGCAGAAGAAGCGCUGGUGAGCAGGCUAGGCGGGGUAGAGGUUGGCGAGGAGCUCACGACUGAGGAGGACGAGGACGGGGAGGGUGCGUCGAGCCAAGGUGGAGGGAGGACCAGGUUUCAACCUUGGCACGACGGAAGCCCCCGGGACCGCGGGGCCGCCCGCCCACGUAGCGCCGCCGGCGCCACCGGCCGCGCCCCAGAAGUCGGACGCGGGCGACGCUGGCGAUGGCGCCCCCUCGAGCAGGGAGACGCGAGCGUCGCCCCAUCUACCACGUCGGCCGGCAUGGCCGAUACGGGCGGCGGCGAGGACGACCGCCGCAGCAGCAGCAGCCGCGGUAGCAGCAACAGCGGCAGCAACAGCGGCAGCAACAGCGGCAGCGACAGCGACAGCGACAGCGAGACGGAUCUCCCGGCGCUCCGCGUGCCAGAGGCCCGGCGGCUCGCCCGCUUCGACAAGCCGGCGGAACUCACCAGCCGCCGCACUAGGGAGAACCCUCGCCGAAACCCGAGGUACGAGUCGCCCCCGUCGCCGACAAGUGCCGAAGCCCUGCUCGCCUCGGUGGCGAGCCUGCCCGACAGCAGCACGGAGGAGUUCACCCGCUGGAUGCUCUCGGCAGUACUUCACGUGGCGGAGGGGCUAGAGGCGAGGGUGGUGCGAGAGUUGCUGUUCGGGCGCGCGGAGGACGCCCACGCUGCGCGCCAAGAGGCGGAGGACUUCCUGCUGGGUACGGUGGNCAAGCCCGCACGCCAGCAGCACGGAGGAGUUCACCCGCUGGAUGCUCUCGGCGGUGCUUCACGUGGCG